AUGUCUUGCUACAUCACUCCACGGCUGGGCACCGCAAGGAAAAACAGCCCCGCCCGCCUGCUCAGCAUCCCCUGCAGUGCCACCACUUGUCUGUCCCCUCUUGUGGAAAACAUGAAGGUUGAUUUUGCCCCCUUGGACAUGCCGUUGGACAGGAGACUGCAGACAGCUGCGGUGCUGCAGUGGGUCUUCUCCUUCCUUGGCCUGGCACCCAGCUGCAUCUUCCUGUUCUUUUACCUGCUGUUCACUCGCUUCUGGCUGAUCAGUGUGCUGUACGCUGUCUGGUGGUUCUUUGACUAUGACACUCCUGCACGUGGCGGCCGCAGGGUGCCCCUUUUGUGCGGCCUCAGACUUUGGGAAUACAUGAGGGAUUACUUCCCCAUCAAGUUGGUGAAGACAGCUGACUUGGACCCCAGGCACAACUACGUCCUGGGCUUCCAUCCCCAUGGCGUGCUAGUGGCAGGAGCCUUUACCAACUUCUGCACCUAUGCCACAGGCUUCAAACAACUGUUUCCCGGCCUCACCAGCUACCUGCUCAUGUUGCCCGUUUGGUUCAGAGCCCCAUUCUUCAGAGACUACAUCAUGUGUGCAGGUCUGAUUCCUUCAGACAAAGAGAGCGCCAGCUAUCAGCUCCGCCGAAAGGGUGGUGGUAAUGCUGUUGUAAUAGCAGUCGGUGGGGCCCCAGAGGCCCUUGAUGCCCACCCUGGGAGCUACAAUGUACUCUUGGCCAAGAAGAAAGGCUUCAUCAAAAUGGCCAUGGAGCACGGUGCUCAUCUGGUGCCAGUCUUCUCCUUUGGCGAGAAUGAAUUGUUUGAACAAGUGAAAAACCCAAGAGGAACCUGGCUUCGUUGGAUACAGGAACGGCUGCAAAGCAUCAUGGGUAUCUCGUUGCCUCUCUUCCACGGACGUGGCAUUUUCCAGUACUCCUUUGGUCUCAUACCCUACAGAAAACCCAUCAACACAGUAGUUGGACGGCCAAUUAGGGUGGAGAGGAAUGAGAAGCCAACGGCCGAGGAACUUGAUGCUCUCCACCAGCUGUACAUGGAUGAACUCAGCAAUCUAUUUGAGGAACACAAAGGCAACUAUGGAGUGGAUAAGGACACACACCUGAACUUUGUGUAAAGUAGACUGAUGGAGUGGAUUAAAAUGCCUAUUUAUUUGUUAACCCCUUAACACCGAUUGUCGCAAAUUCGCAUCACACCUCUUCCUUUCAGACUGCAGCUGAGAUGGCGUAUGUAUUUCCCCAAUGCCUGUUUGCGCACAUUCAAUACAUACCUGGGAACCGUUUGCAAGCACUGGUUUCUCGUUUAUGCCUGUUGUCACUAAUUUGCAUCAUACCUAUUUUGUAUUUUUUGAAGGGGUGAAGCUGUGGUGCUGCGAGCUCAGAUAAAUGUACCCUUUGAUUGGCUCUGUAAGCCUGACUUUGCUCUCUCUCUCUCUGUUAAUUAAAUAUGAAUAUUGUUGUUGGUAAUAAUUAUACUGGUUCUGCAACAAGACACACUGCUGUUUCUGAUAAGCUCGGAAUCAACUACUGUGUAAAAGAAAAUCAAACACAAUGCAAAUGUUUAUGUGUCCACCGAAAGCUGGCUCUUCAUUCAGACUGCUGUCACUUUUCAGAGCUGUGUAAGAAAUUGUUCAGCUGGAUCGCCCAGUUGUGGCAUCUGUCUGGGGUUAUGGAUUUUGUGCAACAUCUUACACUUUCUCAAACAGUCAUAGAGUUGAAUUUGGGUUACAACAUCAUUUGGGGCGACUGUCA